UUGGUCGAGGCCGUCGCUGAGGGCGCGGGUCACGUGCGGCUUUGUCGCGCUUUAAUCGAGGGUCUGUGCAGCGGGUGUUUGCUGUGUGGGAUUCGUCGUCAUCUUGUCAAUCUUUGGCCAUGCAGCGUUCUGGUGGUUUCUGGCUCGCCAUUCUGCUCAUUGCAGGGCUUUCACUUGCUAAAGCAGUAGAGAUUAAAAUCCUUGGCAAGGAUAACAACACCUGCAUACAAGCUGUACUGUCUGUCAACUUCACUGUCCGUUAUGAAGGAAAUGGGACAAUGGAAAAUGCAACUUUUCAGUUGCCGAAUUCAUUAUCAUCUAAUGGAAGCACAUGUGGUGGCAACAAUUCGGCUCCCUUGUUGAAAAUGGGCUUCGGAACUGGUCACUCCUUGAGCUUAAACUUCUCCCAUUCUGCUGGAAAAUUUAGUGGCGAUGUACUUACUUUCACUUAUAACACCAGUGAUACAAAACUUUUUCCUGGAGCAACAAACAAAAGUGUAAAGUAUGUGGCUGUGAAUUCUCUAAUGGAGUCUGUACCCCUUAACACAAUCUACACAUGUCGAAGUGUUAAAGCUAUUGCAAGUGAAGCAGUUGUCAUGGUUUUUUGGAAUGUUGGCAUUCAAGCCUUUGUGGAAAAUGGAACAGUUAGCAAAAAUAAAUCAUUCUGUAAGGCAGAUAUGUCCACCACGGUAGCACCUAUUACAACACAGACAACCUCAACUGUGACCCCAAUCCCAACUAAACCUCCACCAGAGUUGCCAGCAGUGGGCAACUACACUGUUAAGAAUGGAAGUGAUUCUUGUCUCCUUGCCAAUAUGGGAUUGCAGCUGAAUAUUACCUAUACAGAUAACAAGACGCAGGUAAUUAAUAUGAAUUCCAAUUCUACUGCAAGUGGACACUGUGGUGAUAAGGAUGCAACCCUUCUUCUGGAAGACAAGGACACAACUAUUCAGUUUAGUUUCAUGGUGGAACAAUCAAAAUUCUUCUUGAAGGAGGUGAAAGCUAACAUAAGCUUGGUUAUAAAUGGUUCAACAACUGCACUUAACAGCAACAAUAGCAAUCUGAGGUAUUGGCAAGCAUUUGUUGGAAGCUCAUACAUGUGUCACAAGGAGCAGAGCCUAGUGGUGACUGACCAAUUGGUUAUUAAUACCUUUAAUGUAUGGGUCCAACCAUUUGAGGUCAAGAAUGGAACCUUCUCCAGAGCUGAAGACUGUAAAGCAAAUGAGAACUACAUCGUGCCCAUUGCAGUCGGAGCAGCGUUGGGAGCAAUAAUUUUGAUUGUGCUGGUGAUCUACAUAAUUGGUCGCAGGCAGAAUCACAGUGAUGGAUAUGAGCAGUUUUAAAUUUUCAGUUCUGGGAAUGUACAAUUAAACAAAAUGUUUGUAAAUGUAAAAUCAGCUGUAAACAAUUUGAGGAAGAAUGGAUGCUGAAUAGUUUAUUGUAAAGCCUUACCAUAGUGAAAUUUAUAAAUGCUCUUAGUUUUUAAGCUUGUAGGACCAAUUUUAAAGGACAUAAUGGAUGGCCUCCUAAAAUGUACACUAGUAACAUGGCUACCUAUUAGUAAACCCUCAUGAAGCCUAUUUCACAAUCCUUAAUGUUGAACUAUUCAUGUUUGUGGUAACUGGAUUAAAUUGAGAAGCCUGCUGAUUUUUAAAAUACUUUUCUAAAUUUUUAAUUAAACUACUGUCAAUUAUGAAUUUAGUUUGAAUUUCAAAUUCCAGUUCUUGGAAUUUGAACCCUUUUGGGUAAAGUAAGAAUACAGAAUGUCUUAACUAUGCCUGUAUUCAUAAAACGGCACCUGUUUGAGAACUAACAUCACAAUGCACUUUCAUCCAUUGAGGUUUGGAAUUUAUACAGACGUCCCUUUAUCACAGGCACUUUGCCUACUUGUACAAUUGCCAGUGAAUAAACUUGCUAUCCAUCUCGGUUGGGUUGAUAUCAAGUGACUUUGUGCCACCUAGCCCUUUUCCUGGUUUUGGGCAAACUUGUGUAAAUCAAUGAACUUGAGCGGAUCUUUCAUGGAGUAGGCCUACGUAAAGGGCAGGUUUCAGUAAACACCAAGUGGUGAAACAAUUUGGGAAGUUUGCAAUUUUUGGGGUAAAGUCAGUGUAAUUCUGCAUGUAAAUUUGCUUGGUGCAUUGCUGCUCUUAUGGGACUUUAUCUCCCCGUAUGCAAAAUUUUUGCAUUUGUUUCUAAUUUAGCUGGUUUUACAUAAGCUGCUAAUUGUGUAUUCAAGCCCUUCUGCAGUCAGUUUCUAUGGAUGGGCUUGACAACUGAGUGCAAGAAUGACUAGUCAAUGAGAUGGGAAUGUAGCCUUACCUGUAAAUCAUACCCAUAGAACUUAACAGUGCUCCCCAAUUCUGAAGUUCUUUUAAUAUGAACCUAUCAUGCCUUUAGUAUUACUUAUAUUAGGCAAUACUUAAAAUUUGGAUUUUUGUGGGCUUUUGCAUGUUCUUGCGCCUGUCCUUCAACUAAUAAUCUUUUAACUUCUUUGUCACAGCUGAAGAAUGUCUUGCUGAUUCUGACCUGGGUUUUCUGGUGCCAAUCGUUGUUGGAGCUGCACUGGGCCUAUUAAUAAUUCUUGUUAUUAUAUCUUACAUAAUUGGACGAAGAAAGAGUCGGACUGGCUACCAAUCUGUGUAACCAGUUCUUUCUGAAUGUUGGUAUCUGUCACUUCUGCUGUCUUAGUUUACUUUCUGUGCCAUCUGUCCAGUUUUUUGGAUGGAAUUAAAUCCUGACUAACCUUGCACUAAAUUUGUAAUUGCAUGAUCCUUCACUUAGCCUAAUGUCUUCUCCAUUAAUGAUGGUGAGUUGAUUUCGCAAUUGUUUUUGCAAGUAGCAUAGAAUUUCUCACCUUUUUGAAUCCAUGUUCAGGAAUGGGCCAAAUGUACCUGCUGCUGAUUUAAUAGAGUAAUCUCAGUUGUACAUUUUUUUUAGUUAACACCUAGAUGUAACAAAUUUUUGGUUUCACUUAAACUACAAACUCUGAUGCAGAAACAGUUUUUACAUGCACUAAAUUGAUAGUUAAUAAUGGGCAAUAAGUGCAAAGUCAAUUGUCCCAAGCCUGAUGUUUGAAUUAUUUCUAUCUGGAACAUUUGUGUUCAUAUUAAAAUAGCAGCUCACCUUCAAUUUCAAAUGCUUUUUACAUCUUUCAGCAUCCACCUUCACUGUAGAAUUGUAAUGACAAGGUCGUAUAAUUACAUGUAAUGAACCACAAGUGCAAAAGCAACCAAUUCACUUUUAUGGUUAAUAUUGACCAGAAACGAAGAACUUCUGUUGCCCUCCCCCACCCCCCCCAUAUUGUUGUGGGUUCUUUAUCCAUCAUUGGAUAUGGUACCCACUAUGGAGGGAGAGCCAUGAUUUCUGUCCAGUUGACAGCACCUGGCAAGUGGAUAUUUGAUCGGGACAAGAUGAGCUAAUUAAUACUUGGGCAUAUCGGAGGGGUGUGUCUGGUAUAGCCAAACCUUACUUCGGCAUUGUCUGCAGCAGAGGGAGAGAACUGUAAAAAGGAGAAACAAAAGAUGUAACUAUGACAAUAAAACAAAUCUUUUUUGUAAAUCAAUUUUAACUUGAGCUUGUUGCUUCAAUUUUUGGAUUGUCACCAGACUUCUGUUUACAUCGUUGCUUGAGUGAUAUUUUUUCAAGUUAACAUUUUUCCAGCAGGAACAUAGUGGUGUUUAUACAUAGGCUUGGGAAAAAAUUCUGGAACUAAGGACAUUAGGCAAUUAAUGCUUGCAUCAAUGGGACCUUGUAUAAAUACAGCAGACCCUCAGCAUUUUAAAAGCUAGAUUAAUGUUUGACCUGGCAAACUUGAAAACUUACUCCUUUUUAGGGCUGGGCAAAACUAGGAGGGGUAAAUAUUUAUAAUACUUGUCUAAAGGGGAAACUGUUGGCUUAAAUUAGAUUUUUGGGCAAUUUGUCUAGCUGUACAUUGUGCAAAAUCCUGUUCAAUGUUUCAAGUAUCAUGUACCGUUUUUCAUCUCGUCAGAGUUUAAGUUUGAGCAAAUAGAAUAGCAGGGACUAAACUUGAUUCUUGAAAUAAAUCUAUCAAUUUUGAAAACCAA